AGGGUUGUAAAUGACACCGGGGCUAUUAAUUAAUUAAUGGCCUUUAUCCGAGAGGCUCCGCUCUGAAGCGGAGAGUGCAGUGUGUCCGUGGAGAGGUAAAAGCCUGGCAGUAUUUUGGACAGGAAGAAAACAGAAUGGCUUUAAUGUAGGGGAGGCGGUGGCCGUUUCGCUUAGAGCGACUAUCAAUCACCUGGACUAUUGUGGUCCUGCGCAGUUUUCCAGCAGAAAGGAGAGAAAGGCGGAGGGAUGAGACGGGGAAGAAGAAGAGGGAAGAUGGCGACCGAGGGGCCUACGCACCCACCACCAACCCUCGUCCCGUUGCUCAUGAGCGUGGUGGCCGUCCUCAUCUCUCACCACAUCUUCAAUGCCGCUGCCCAGAUCCCAGACCCCGAGCUCCUGCCGACAGAGCCUCCGAAAAAGCCGGAUCCGGUCACCUCGGAAACUGUGGUAUUUUGGGGUUUGCGAUUAUGGCAGGUCGUAGGCAUUUUCUCCAUGUUCAUCCUAGCGAUUAUAAUAACGCUGUGCUGCAUCUUCAAAUGCCGAAUUCCCCGAACAAAAAAAGAGAUUGAGGCUCGACAUGCACAAAGACUGGCAGCGAAAACUUACGCCAACACACUGGAGACAGUGCCGCCCCUCAAUGAGCUCACAGAGGUGCCAGGAGCGGCUAAGGUUGAGAAGAAGGAGGAGGUACCGACCGUGGCAGGAAAAGUUGAUGCAGAGAAGGGUACGAAGAAGAAGGACAAAGAGGGCAAAAAAGAAGGCAAGGGUGCGAAAGAGGGGAAAGAAGAGAAGGUGGAGGAGAAAAGUGAAGCCACAAAGAAGAAGGGUGAAAGGGGAGAAAAAGGAGAAAAGGGAGCAUCAAAGAAAGAAGCAUCAGAUGGAGGGAAAGGUAAAAAGGGGGCUGGAGACGAAAAAGAAGGGAAAGCAGGUGGAGCCAAGGGCAGUGCCAAAAAACCUGCAAAAAAGUGAACAUUUAGUCACCUUAGAGGAAUAGUUCACCCUAAUAAAAAAUCUGUGUUUAAUGGAAGAAAGUCUUUUGAGUUUGGAAUAAGGAAGUGAAAAUUACAAUUUUCAUUUCUGGGUGAACCUUUCCUUUAAUGAAGUGUGCUAAACCUUCAUUAGCCAUUUUUUCACUGAACAAUUUUUUGAUGUUUUUUUAAAGUAUUUUAUUAUACAUUAAAAUGUAUUUACAUUUGUGAAAAUUGUAAAUUGUAAAUAAUUAUGCAAUAAAUUAUUCUAUAUUAAUUGUG